AUGGAUGCAUCUGAGGAAAGGUUAAGCACAGCUACAGAAAAAAAUAAAAAUUUAUCAAGAAGACAAAUUCAUCAUCAGAAGAUGGCAGUGAAUAUUCCCUUUUCUUUUUUUGAAUGA